AUGUCCGCCCCCGCACAAAAAGAUGACGGGCCUACCGACACUUCGCCGGUCAUUAGCGCCGAGACAAGUCCACCACCAAAGGCACCGCCAGUCACCAAACCGCGUCGCAAACUUCCCGGAUGGUUGGAUCAUUUCAAUGCGCGCGACUUGAAAGUGCUCUUUCGCUGCACUGUAGCAGCAUGGGUCGCGUCGCUCUUGGUCUUGAUCGGCCCAUCUCUGCGUGAGAUCGGGACCGCAACUUUCUUCGCGACACUGGUGCUCUUCAUAGUACCGCCGACCGGCAUUGUGUUCAUCUUCAUUUUGGGAACACUGACGCUCAUCUUGGGAAUGGCUACUGGAUGGGCAUGGGGCGUCAUCACUAUGAAGGCUGCCCAGGCGGCGCGACCUGCAGCUGAGACUCAGGCUAGAUUACAAGCACUGGGCCAACAGGCGUACAGCCAGGCCAAUGCAACAGGCCAGGCCGUUGCAGUUGUCGAACAAGAACUUGUCUACAGUGGCUUUAUGCUAGAUGCGCGCGUUACUGCAGUCUACUAUUGCCUGAUUUGCCUCAUGGUCUACUUGCUCGCCCGGCUCCGAACUAAGAAUCCUAAAUUUACCUUGUUUCAGAUCUUUGGUACGAUCAUUAUGGACAUCUUCUUGACUAUUGGUCCACUACUUCCUUCGUUUCAGGGAACCAUUGCCAAGGUAUUGAUUGAGCCUGCUGCCAUUGGCAUUGGGAUUGGACUGGCUUGCUCAAUACUCUUAUUUCCCAAAUCCACUUCUUCCACCGUUCUCGAUGGCUUUGAGGGCCUUGCACGGCUGGUCAAAGGCCCAUUGGAUGUUACCGCAGCCACUCUAUUUGAAGAUGAAUCCCCUGCACUGACUGAUCUGAUUAAGCUGAAAAUGAAAGCCAUUGAUACAUAUAAGAAAAUUAUACCUGCCCUUGGGUUCCUGCAGCUAGACUUUUCCGUCGGUCGGUGGGGUGCUGAUGAUAUCAAAAGUUUACAGGAACCCAUGCGACAAGUUGCACUCACUUCCUUGUCACUACUGGAGUUUCACAUUGCACGCAUCGGAGGCGAAGAAAAGGUUGAAAAGCUUCGUGACAUCUUGGUCGACGACGAGCAUUUUUCGAGAGAUGCAAUGGACGAAAAACGGCCGCGCUCAGCUGGCAUGCGCCAGCUGAUGGAAAGCGUUCGUCUUGUGCGAGCAUUCCGAACUCCCGAACAUGAAUCUCUUCAAUUGGAAAUGUUCGAGGCAGUCCGAGUCCCAAGCGAAAAGAUCGUGCCAGUCUGUCAAGAGGCUGCAACUGCGGUUGCCGAAGCCAUCCACGCCAUCAAUUCUUCUCGUUGGUUUGGACGACCGACAAAGGAGCAAAUUGACGGAGACACUGCACGAAUCAAGUCGAUUUUGGAUACACUCAAGGCUAAGCGGUCAGCCUUUGCCUCCGAGUUCACAGAAAGCCUCAUUCAGACCAAUGCGGAUAUCUUUGACGACACUGGCAAAUUGAAGGACCUUGAUGAUACAACAGUGCAACGAGUGCGAGCAAUCUCACUUGCCAUGGUUUUUGAAGAACAUCUUCUCGGUGUGGCCGUGGCCUGGGAACGGGUACUGGAACAAAUCGUCGCUCUUAUGACAGAGCGCCAAAAAACCCGCCUUUGGCUCCCCAAGGGACUGCGAUAUGCCGUAUACUGGGUGCUCCGAAAGAAUAGCGUUGCACCUGUUAUUGUGAACCAGGAAUCUGUUGCUGAUCCCGAUGCGGUGGAGGCUCAGUCCAAAGCAGCUCAGCAAAGUCUCCGCAUAAGUCGGGGAUACCGAGUCAAAAAACGCAGCGGUCUUGGACGCGCGAUAAUUGGUACCCAUCACUGGCUGAUCAACGCAGAUGGUAUGUAUGCUCUGCGCAUGGUAAUUGUCACCAUUGCUCUCGGUAUCCCUUCGGCUAUUCCGUCUAGUGCAGGCUUCUUUUACCGCGAAAAGGGUCUUUGGGCACUGAUCAUGGGACAAACUACGCUCGUUGUAUACAUGUCGGACUUCAUUCUCUCAGUGAUAUCUCGUUCCAUUGGAACUAUCAUCGGUGGAGUGGCCGGGCUGGUGGUUUGGUAUAUUGGCUCUGGCAAUGGAGAUGGUAACCCCUACGGCCUCGCAGCAGCCUUGGCAGUCGUCUUUGUCAUGUUGAUGUGGGCACGCAUAUUUUCACCCGUGGCUGUUUUGCAAGCUACGAUAAUGGGUGGUGCAACCUUUGUCCUCGUCGUUGGAUACAGCUACGACGAUACGCACAUUGCAACUUAUGGAAACCCCGGUUAUGGAUACAAUGUUUUCUGGCGACGACUCCUUCUCGUUAUUAUCGGGUCCGCUGCCGCCUUGAUCGUCCAGCUCCUCCCAAGUCCACCAUCCGCAUCACGACACAUCUGCAAAUCGCUCUCAAAUACCAUCCGUUCACAAUCUGACCAUUACGCCUUACUUCUUUCAUGCUGGGGCAAGCCUGACCGCGUCGAAGGCCUAGUAGCCGGAGAACUCGCAUUCAACACAGCUGGCACCAUCAGCGCCCUCGAUGGACCCAUCGCGCUUCUAAAGCUGGAGUUCUCCAGCUCCCCCUUCGACAGCGAACGCCUCGGACAAGUCAAAUCCCUCUGCCAAGAGUUGAACCAGAAUCUCGCCCGUCUGCUAUACUUGUCUGCCUCGUUACCCGAGCACUUCCAAUCUCGCCUGGCAAAAAACUCCGGCCUCCUUGAUCACCGCAACAUUGGUGAAAUCAUGGCCGUCCUGGGAGUUGUGGAGCAGGCACUUAAGACUGGGGAUCCUUUGCCCGAAGUAUUGCCUACGCCUUUGCUCAAGCGGUGCUUUGAAUUCUGGCAGGAGCAUCAGGCUGAGAUUACUUUGACCAAGGAUCUUAUACGGGAUGAUGACUAUCGCAAGUUCUGUGUGGCUGUUAGCUCGUACCUCAAGUUUUUGGCUGCGGUUGAUGAUCUUGUUCUUGUGAUGAAGGGCACGCUGGGUGAAUCUCAUAUAGUGAGUCGGGAGUUGUUGCACGAUUUGGUUGCAACUGUGUAA